AUGUCAGAACAAACUUGGAAACCAAUUCCAUUUGAAAGUUCAAAGAAGCAGAUAGAGGAAUUCAAUAAAAGAGAGACUGACACAGUUAUAUGUAAUCCUGGUGUUGGCAUAGGAUCAGGCACUAAUGGAGUGAGCAGAUCAGGUAAGAAAUACAGUGAACCAUCAAUUAUCCCAUCAUUACAAGAUAACCCAUCAAUGAAAAGAAAUACAUCUGUUUCUUUUGAUAUACCACCACAGAAUUUAUCUCAACUGUAUCACCGUCAUUCUAUAAGUAAUAAACUGAAUCCACAGCUAAAGUCACAAGAUGGUAAGAAGGGUCUCGAUAUCUCACAAAAGGCUUCUUUGAAGGAUAUAGAUGCUAUUGGAAAUUCUCUAACUGAGCAGGACCAAGAAAGACAACAACAACAACGAGAUGAAGUGGAAGAAGAAGAAGAUAAAGAAGAAGAAAAAGAUACAGGUGAUAUUGGUGAUGACAAAGAAAGAGAUUGUGCGGUUCAUAUGCCAGGUGAUUUUGUGUAUAUCAAACCUGUAGAAGCUACAGUUAAGACGCCGGCAACCAAAUCAAAGCUGCAUACUGGACAAAUAGUAAAGCAAAAACCGUCUAAUAAGAUUGUGUUUAACAAGGAUGAAUAUAGCCCCCUAGAUAACACAUUUGAUUUCAAUAAAGAAGAUGACAAUAAAUUCCAUAUCUUAAUUGGUGCUACUGGAUCCGUAGCUACAAUAAAAAUUCCAUUAAUCAUUGAUAGAUUAUUCAAAAUAUAUUCACAUGAUACAAUUUCCAUCCAGUUAAUAUUGACUAAAGCAGCAGAACAUUUUCUUCACCGAUCGAAAAUUUCAAAGGAUGUUAAGAUAUGGCGAGAAGACGAUAUGAAGUCACGUCUAUGGAAUUUUAAUAAUGAUGUAAUUCAAAAUAGUUCGUUUAGUAAUUUGAAUAAUAGUGGGAAAAGGAUACGCAAGGAUACUGUGGAGCCUAUAUUGUUUCAUGAAUUAAGUAGAUGGGCAGAUAUAUUUCUUAUUGCACCAUUGAGUGCCAACUCUUUAGCUAAAUUAGCCAAUGGGAUAUGUAAUAAUUUGAUUACCUCGGUGGUAAGAGAUUGGAAUGUAAAGAAGACCCCUAUUGUAGUGGCACCUGCAAUGAACACUUUCAUGUAUAUAAAUCCAAUGACAAAGAAACAUCUGAUGAUGUUAAAGGAAGAUAUCCCUACUUUGGAGAUUUUAAAGCCUGUAGAGAAAGUAUUGAUUUGUGGUGAUAUCGGUAUGGGUGGGAUGAGAGAGUGGAAUGAUAUUGUAGAAAAUAUACGAUUGAAGAUCAAGGAAAUACAUAGGCAAAGGCAUGAGAAUGAUUUAGAUAAUGAAGAUCAAGAGUUAGAACAAAUUCACAAAGAUUUAGCAGACGAAGAUGAUGAAGAUGAUGACGAUGAUGACGAUGAUGACGAUGAUGAAGGAGAAGCAAAAGGUGUUAAUACGGAACUUGAAAGUGAAGAAGAAGAGGAGGAGGAGGAGGAAGAUGAUGAUGAAUAA